CCCCGCCCCCCACACUAUCCCCCGGUUUUAGUGGUCCCUCCAGGAACACGGACCAAGUGAUAAUUUCCGCAUUCUCUUAGAUCAGUGAAACACAGUCGACGCCAGGUUGCUGUUCGAUUUUCACAGUGAUGUGAUUCAGCGAGGAGCACUCAUUGGGCCUGUCUGAGUGAAGCUCCCAAGUCCCAAACAGUCAUGGCAGAACCACUAGACCCAGCUGUCACUCUCCAAAAAAAAGCAGCAGCAGCAGGUGUCAAGAAAGACGACGAUCAGUCUCGUGCGAAUAUCACACAGCAGCAACAUUGUUUAGAUAGCGAUCAGCGGGACGAGAAGACGGUCGUUAUGAGUGAUGGGUGGCGUCAAGAUGAGUUGUUGAACCAGGUGAAUGUGGAGAAGGGUGCCAUCCUACCACCUGACCUUGCCGGGCAUGGUGAUGACAAUAACGACUGCAAAGGAGCAGAGAGAGACGGGGAACCACCAAUGAAAGAAAAGUUUGCUGCUGGGGUAGGCCAAUCGCAGGGUGAAGAAGCACCGGAACACACCACACCAGCAAUCGAUAGCGACACAGACCACGAUCAUGCAGACAAUCCCAUAGAAAUGCUCCAGGAAGACGCUCUGUUACUUAAUGACACAAAUAACGAUGACCAAAAAGAAGCCAGAAUCGGGAAUGCCGAGGAAGAAGAGACAGCACAGGUGCCGCGGAAAGCAUCACUAGAGGAGCUGAUGAAUGAUCGGACAACGAACGUGGAGACCGUUAGGGCGACCACUCGGGAAACGACUGAUUUUGAACCUACAGCAAUACCUGGAGUAAGAAGAUACCUGGUCGUCAUCGGCGUACUUUUGGUCCUCGUCGCCAUCGCAGUCCAGCGCUUCUUCUGGCUCGAGCCUCCGCCUCAGAGUGUCAACCCUACGAUCGACAUCUUUCUCAGGCAGCUGGAAAAAGUCGAGUCUCGCUUCCCUCGCCAGCGCCCCGAGCUGUGGAACCGGAGCCGGAUUCACCUGAAGAGGCACCUCCUGACCCAAUGUCCCAGCGAGCCUGUCAGUCUGAUCCUGACGGCGGGCGUCGCGGGCCGCCAGACGUUGCGCUGCUUGGCCCACGACUUGGCCUUCGCCUUCUCUUCCGCCCUGAACGGCUCCGUGCUGCAUAUAGACGGCGCCAGCAGAGCAGGAGAUGACAGUGGGCAGGUAAAGCUGGACAUCGACAGCCAAUUGCAGCGGGCCUUCGAAGGAGACAAACCCUCAGCGGUGAUUCAUCGCUUCGAGCAGCUGCCACCGGCCUCCACGCUCAUUUUCUACCGCUACUGCGAUCAUGAGAAUGCGGCGUACAAGAAGACGUUCCUCAUCUUCACCGUGCUGCUGGAGGAAGAGGAGGAUAUUCCUGCCGGGACUUCUUUGAGCGCUGUGGAAGAGAUGGUGGACGACCACCUCCAGAGGAAGUUCCUCUCACACGGUCGUCCACUCGCCUUCGACAGGAUGGACCUGGACAAGUACGGCGGACUGUGGAGCCGUAUUUCUCACCUCACCCUUCCGGUUUCUGUGGAAGCGUGGACGGAGCAUGAAAUCUGCUCGUGAAUACUCAGAUUAUCUUUGGCCGCAUCUUUGAGGUUGUUGUUUGAUGGCCAUAUUGACUGAUUUGCUGAAAAGGUGGUGGUGACACUUUGAGGAUGCUGAUUAAGUCCCAUGGAAGUUAGUUGAGUGCCGCAGCACCGAGGCCAACCAAUCCAAAUUUUAGAACGUAACCAAAUUGUACACCCUCACAGAUACACACAUCUCUUGCAUAUUAACAUUCAUAUAUCGUUCCGUGUGAAAUGAAGGAACAUUAUUUUUUUAAAUUGUUUUAAAUUUUCAAUUUCAGCUUUUUUCCAUCAUAAAAAUCAGUUCAGUUUUUGACAGCACUCCUUCAUGAAAUCUAAAAUGGUGAAGAACUGUAGACAUUUAAAGAGAAGAGAAGCUUGUAAAGUAAAAAUGAUGUAAUUUAAGCAGUGUUCUAUGCACAAUGAUAUAGAAGUCUUAGUACAAUUGUACAAUUUUUUUUUUAAAUCACCAUUUAUAUUGAUAAAUGUAAACUUAAAUCAAGAAGCAGCUCUGUGCAGGAUCACAACAGGAAAAUGAUUUUACCAAUGUUACUUUUUAAAUUUUUUUGUCUUUUUUUUUUUUUUUUUUUUUCCCCCCACUGAUCACUUAUUACUUACUGCACAAUAACACGAAACACUAAUUUAAUAGAAUCUUUUCUGGAAUCCGCGAUCGUCCUCUGGCACUACACUGCUAUGUGCUUUAACCGAAGGUUCUUUGUCAUACUCCAGGAAGUCAGAUCUGUACUUCUUGAUAACGGACAUGUGCCUUCAACCAAAUAAAGAUGAGAAUUCUCA